GCCCAGGAGGCAUGAAAUUGCUGCAGAUGCUUCUACGGGGAGUCCCUGCUGUCCACAGCCUGAGCUCAGCCCGCCAGGUCAGCUCUGUGCCCUCCCCUGAGGCUGCCAGCCACCAGCAGAACCACCCUCUUCAUGGAAAGCCCUGUGCAGUGGCCCCCUGGCGAUGGCAUCUGACAGUGACGUGAAGAUGCUGCUGAACUUCGUGAACCUGGCGUCCAGUGACAUCAAGGCAGCCCUGGACAAGUCCGCGCCCUGCCGCCGCUCCGUGGACCACCGCAAGUACCUGCAGAAGCAGCUCAAACGCUUCUCCCAGAAGUACUCCCGGCUUCCGCGGGGCCUCCCCGGCCGAGGGGCCGAGCCUCACCUGAAAAGGGGGCCCGAGGACCGGCCCGGGAGACUGCCCCUCGAUUCUGGCCCAGAUGCUGGCCCCGGCGGGGGUGGGGGCUGCAAGGAGAAGGCUCUGGGGAACCCCUACAGGGAGGCGUGUCUCGCUAAGGAGCAGACCCUGCAGGGGCAGAAUCCAGAAGUUGCCAGGCCUGGCCAGGUGCCCAUGAGGAAAAGACAGCUGCCCGCUUCCUUCUGGGAGGAGCCGAGGCCCACCCACAGCUACCCCGUGGGGCUGGAGGGGGGACUGGGCCUCAGGGCGGGACCCCCCUAUGAGGGUAAGAAACACUGCAAGGGCUUGGAGCCCUUGGGGCCCGAGGCGGCCCGGGUGCCCAUGUCGCCAAGGGUGCCAGCUGAAAAGGAGCCACUCAAGAUGCCUGGGGUCUCCCUGGUGGGCCGUGUCAAUGCCUGGAGCUGCUGCCCCUUCCAGUACCAUGGACAGCCCAGCUACCCGGGCCCUCCAGGGGCUUUGCCUCAGAGCCCGGUGCCCAGCCUGGGCCUGUGGAGGAAAAGCUCGGUUUCCCCAGGGGAGCUGGCCCACUUCUGCAAGGAUGUGGAUGGUCUGGGGCAGAAAGUGUACAGACCUGUGGUUCUGAAACCCAUACCCACCAAGCCGGCCUUGCCCCCACCCAUCUUCAAUGUCUUUGGCUACCUCUAGCUGGGCCGGGAGGGACUUGGGCCCCACCUCUGGCCUGCAGGGGUGUUGGGAACCCCGGAAGCUCCCCUUAUGAGGAGCAGGCUGGGCAGUGGUGUGGCCUCUU